UCCAUGGGGCCUCGGCGUUGGGCUGGACAGCUCGCUUGACUGGCACACGGCCAAUUCGCUCAACUACGGUGUUGGGAGCACCAGGAUAGAGUAUGCGGGGCAUGAGCCUGCUAGUAGUGCGUUGGCCAAGUUGAUGAGGAUGCUCUACCCUAGGGCGAGGGUGCCGAUGAGGCCGAGAGGCGUGCCCAUUUGAGCGAGUGUGGUAGCGGCGAGCUCGAUUCAUGUCUCCUGUGUACUAUACGAUCCGUUCCUUCGACGCGACGACAGGCCAAGAUCGUGGCGCCCCACACUCACUACUCUAGUUUACUAAUUUCGAUACCAUGACUCUCUCACCGCUCGUUCCUCUGAUUCGCACGCCAAGCACUCCUUCGCCUCUCGUCUGGUGUCGUGCGGCGCCUUUCUCUCCCUCUCCUCUCCCUCAAUCGGCUGGCUCAUGGCUCCAUGGCCGGAAAUUUUGCUUCAUCUGCCCUGCCGCUGUGCGCCGGCGCGCCGUUCCGCGUGUCAGCGUGCGCGUCUGCAGUCUGCGUGAUGUUGCCUUUGGCUUCGCCUCGCUGCUUGCUGCCUCUCUGUCGGCCGCGGCCGUGCUGUGCCGUUGCAGCAUGGGCUACCAAGCCCAAGCCGGCCGUUUAGUUAGUCAGUACGACGAAGGGGCGCGUUCGUUCGUUGGAGAGAGUGCGAUGAUAGCGGCAAUGGUCAAUGCCAUGCUGAGCGGUCACGCUCGCUGGCUGUAAGACUUGAGAUGAAACAGGGGUCGCGGUGGGGCCGGGCGGAGAGGGGCAGGGGAAGGCUGAGCUGAGUGAGGCU